AUGCAUGACUGCCCAUUCUGUCUUCAGAAUGAAGAUUCCCAGGAAGAGGCUGAUGAUGCCGCUUUGCAAGAGAUGGAGAUUGAGGCAGCAAUGGAAGCAGAGGCUGUGGCUGAGGGGGUAAAAAGAAAGACCAGAGAAGAGGCAGCUUCGCCUGUCCGUGCGGGUGGGGGCCCAGCGGGCAAGAAGUUAGCAACCAACGCAAGCCCGCCAGCAGGACAACGCAGCCCAGUGCCGCCCACCCAAAGGUCCCCAAGCCCAGAAAGCCCUCCCUUCACACAGGGUGGAAGUGAAGCAGCCCGCUUGUCCAUUCCAAGCUUUGGGAUUGACAUCUACGACGACCUGGGUCGGACCAGCAAGGCAUCUACCACGGUGAAGGAUCCUAUGCACGACGCCAUGUCGGAGUACUUGGCUUGCAGGGAUGAAGCACAAAGCCUUUCGUUGCUUCACACCAAGAGCACAUAUCAAGGGCUUGGAAGCCCAGAGGCUUCUUAUCAAACCGUUCUGAAUGCAGCCUUGAAAGACCCCAGGGACCACCACGCUGUGGCAUCAGACUUUGCCUUCAGAACUCGAGAAGUGCUGCCCGUGCCUUUCAAAGUCAGCUUGAGAACCAUUGCCCGCAAGGAAGGUUGUGAGCCUGAGACAUUCAUGGCGCCGAUCCUCAGCACGCGGCUUCGAUUGCAGCCUGAUGAGGAGCACCGACGUGGCUGCGUAGUCCAGAUUGUUUGCGCAGGUGACCCCAGCAUGCGCAAGAGUUAUUUGAAGGAUUUUACCUGCAAAAAGCUUCUUUCCCAUGCAGAUGUCCCUGCUGUCAUCAAGGCAGGUCUGCAUUACGGCAACAAAGAAAAGAUGUGCACUUGGCUGAACUGCGAAGAUGACAAGACAGUCACUGGAGAUGGUGCCACGGCGCUGACUCAUUACACCUUCGUUCACCAAGUGUAUGGACAGGUGUCGCUUUGUGAGUAUGUGCUCCAGCCGACUGCAAGCAUGUUUUGCAAGAGAAUCCAUGCGACGUGGCAAACAAGGCCAGUGACAAGUGACCCUGAUCAGCAGAGCCAGUCCAGCAAAGAGUUCCUGAUUGACUUCUUUGGUUGGAUGGGGCGCGUGGCAAGCAACCAGGACAAAGACCACUAUUUUGACAAGUUCGCCUUGCCCGUGCUCAGGAAGGCUUUGCAGGGACUUGCAGAUUUGGAUGCCAAGAUGAAAUUGCAGCGAGUCAUUCUGUCCAAUCCUCGAUGUGUUGGUCCAACCUCCACUGCGCACAUUCGCUCUGUUCUGAAUUACCACUUUCAGAAGGAGAAAGAGGAAAAACCAGCAAAGUUCGUCUUGGCAGCAGUCAAAGACCUCUUGAAAGUUGGCAUCUUGCAAGAGGUUGACAAGAAGGAAGUGGAAGAACAGGCGCCCAAACUUAAGGACAAGAAAAGCGCCAAGAGCAAGGAGGCCACGCUAAAGAGCGAGCCACGAGGCCCGCCAGGUGGCCACGCUGUCCUGUACUACCAGACAUGUGCCGAUGCUAAGUGGCACCAUGACAAUGGCUUCUACCUUAGGGAUUCAGCAGAUGCUGAUGCCAGCAUGCGUGAUGUUGGUACGCAAUCAAAUAGAGAUGGCACAAUAGUCCACUCCUCAUUGUGA